CUUUUAGAGCGAGUGAGGCUGCUGGGAAAACAUGGCAGCUUCCGUUUGUUGCUGGUUUUAAUACUGUCAGACUAGUGGAGGAUUAGAUAUCCUUGUAACUCCACUCCAGCCAACGAUCUUCAUCCAACAAAAGAGAACAGAACAAUAUGGAGAAGAGUGGAAGUAUGGACAGUUUGGGCUCGAAGCAAUCCUCUUCUCGACAUCCGAGUGUUGAUUCAUUAUCAAGUUCUGAGCGUUCGGCCCAGGUUAAACCUUCCUCUGCCAUGUUGUCUGAGACGGCUACCUCAGCGGAGUUCUCCCCAGAUAUCAGGGUCAAGGCCAAAAUUCAUGCAAAGCAGGUUUUACGAGAUUCUGAUAAAGAGGAACCACAAUUGCUUCCAAAUGAAAUUGUGCAAGAUAUGGCACAAGACAUCACCUAUUUCUGUCCUUUCACCGGAGCUGUACGUGGAAUACUGACCGUUAGCAACUAUAGGCUCUUCUUCAAAUGCAUGGACAGGGAGCCUUCUUUUGUGCUUGAUUUGCCUCUUGGGGUUGUGAGUCGGGUGGAGAAGAUCGGCAGUGCGUCAAGCCGCGGCGAUGUGUCCUAUGGCCUUGUCUGCAAGGAUAUGCGCAAUCUGCGAUUUGCUCACAAACAAUUGGACGACACUCUCAGGAAGUCCAUUUUCGAAGUGUUGAUGAAAUUUGCGUUUCCUGUCUCCAAUGGACUGCAAAUAUUUGCCUUUCAAUACGGACAAGUGUUUCCUGAGAAUGGAUGGAAGGUGUACGACGCAGUGUCGGAAUACAAAAGACAGGGCAUUCCCAAUGAAAGUUGGAGGAUUACAAAGGUCAACGAUCACUACGAACUGUGUGACACCUACCCGUCAACGAUGGCUGUUCCGGUCAACAUUCCAGAUGAGGAGCUGAAGAGAAUAGCCGCCUUUCGGGCAAAGGGAAGGAUACCUGUGCUGUCCUGGAUCCAUCCAGAGAGCCAGGCAACGGUGACACGUUGCAGCCAGCCUAUGGUUGGAGUGAACGGGAAACGGAGUAAAGAGGAUGAAAAAUACCUGCAGGCAAUCAUGGAUGCCAACGCCCAGUCGCAUAAACUCUUCAUUUUUGAUGCUAGACCGAGUGUGAAUGCUGCUGCUAACAAGAUGAAAGGUGGUGGAUAUGAAAGUGAGGACGCUUAUCAAAACGCUGAGUUGGUGUUCUUGGAUAUUCACAACAUCCAUGUGAUGAGAGAGUCACUCCGCAAGCUGAAGGAUAUUGUCUACCCCAACAUCGAGGAUUCGCACUGGCUUUCAAAUCUGGAGUCCACUCACUGGCUUGAGCACAUCAAGUUGAUCCUGGCAGGAGCGCUGCGCAUCGCAGACAAGGUGGAGUCCGGCAAAACGUCGGUGGUGGUGCACUGCAGCGACGGCUGGGACCGCACGGCGCAGCUCACCUCGCUGGCCAUGCUCAUGCUGGACGCUUACUACCGGACCAUUCGCGGAUUCCAGGUGCUGCUGGAGAAAGAAUGGCUGAGCUUCGGCCACCGUUUCCAGCUGCGUAUCGGCCAUGGCGAUAAGAACCACACGGACGCGGAUCGCUCCCCCGUUUUUAUUCAGUUUGUCGACUGUGUGUGGCAAUUGACUCGUCAGUUUCCUGCAGCUUUUGAGUUCAAUGAAUACUUCCUGGUGACCAUCUUGGACCAUCUGUACAGCUGCUUGUUCGGGACGUUCCUGUGUAAUAGCGAACAGCAGAGAGUGAAGGAAGAGAUUCCUAAGAGGACAGUGUCCUUGUGGUCGUACAUCAACAGCCAGCUGGAGGAGUUCACCAAUCCUUUGUACGUCAACUUCUCCAAUCAUGUGCUGUUCCCUGUCGUCAGUUUACGCCACCUAGAGCUCUGGGUGGGCUACUACAUACGUUGGAACCCUCGUAUGAGGCCUCAGGAACCUGUUCAUCAGCGCCACAAGGAGCUGCUGGCAAAGCGUGCCGAGCUGCAGAAGAGAGUGGACGAGCUGCAGCGAGAAGUGACUAAUCGCUCGGCGUCCUCUUCUUCGGAGCGGGCGGGCUCGCCAACGCGGUCCAUCACCCCAGUACAGACCUUUGUUUGACUGCACUUCUUUCCUAUUGGAGGCUGGUGUACAUUGUCACUCUUGCAAGGCUUCUUGGUGAGAAAUAGUCUCCAGACAGCACUUUUAGGUUUUGUUCUACUAAAAUGUUACCCUGGUUUUAUACGUAUGCCCUACGCACUACAUGAGAACAUCUAUUUUGAAAACAAUACAGUUGAAGCUAGUGUAAAGUUGUUCCCUGGCCAACGAUUGAGCAUCAAAAUUCCACUUUUGUUGGAAUUGUUUUUCAAACCUGUUCUUUUUGCGACCAAACAUGGCUUGAUUGUGUGCACCAUUCCUCUUUGUUGACAUGGUCGACAUUAUUUAUUGUUUUGUAAUCAAUUUUUAUUUCAGUUUUAAACAGGCUCUGGUCAUUCAAUUACUCAUAAUUGUAAUAUGGGGCAAUUCUGUUUUUUAAAAGUAGCUGCCAACAUGCUUUAUAAUCAUGGAGUUGCCAGUAUAUUAGCAGUGUGUAAUACAGAUAAUAAUUUGCAGCAACAUCCAGUUCAACUAAUCUGAAAGAUUCUGUGCCUAAAUUACCUCAAAGUAUUAACUAUGAACUAUUCUGACUCUGUCAAGUAUAUUUUAACCUUUGACCAUUGCUAAUGAUAGUGAAACCCGAAGGAGAUUAGUGAUGAUAAUCUCAGGUUUGUUGCCUUAUUUUGUGCCUUUCUCCCAUAAUAAAUUGCAAAUAUUUCAAAAACA